UCCGCCGUGUCCGCCGCGUACAACUACGACCAGACGUCGUUCGACCGGCUCCUCGCGUACCAGAUCGCCGUGCUGUUCCAGCCCAAGACCCGCGAGCACACCAACGUGUUCACGCGGCGGCUGCCGGCGCCCGCGCCCGCCACGCUGCUGCCGCUGGGCGAGGACAACUUGUUUGUCUCCGCGCAGGAUGCCGACGGGUACAUCGCCGUGGGUGUGGCGGACGGCGUGGGCGGCUGGGCCGAGGCCGGGUACGACUCCAGCGCCAUUCUGCGCGAGUUGUGCCACCAGGCCAAGACGCGGUUCGAGGCGGCCGCGGCCCGCGCGGCGCUCUCGCCCCGCGACUUGCUCGUGCGGGCGUUUGAGGACGUGCAGCAGUCGCCCAAGGUGGAGAUCGGCGGCACCACCGCGUGCUUCGGCGUGCUCACGCCGGACCGGCGGCUCAAGGUGGCCAACUUGGGCGACUCGUGGUGCGGGCUCUUCCGCGGCGACAAGCUCGUGCACGAGACGCGCGUCCAGACCCACAACUUCAACACGCCGUACCAGUUGGCCAAGAUCCCGCAGCAGGUGUUGCGCCAGGCCGAGCUCCAGGGCAAGCGCUACAUCAUCGACUCGCCGGACCGCUGCGACGAGUACGUGUGGGACCUCCAGAAGGACGACGUGGUCAUCUUUGCCACGGACGGCGUCACGGACAACGUGGUUGCGCAGGACAUCGAGGUGUUCUUGCGGGACCAGUCUGCGCAGCGCCGCCUGUUGCCGCAGAUCUCGCUGCAGCUCGUGCAGGAGGUGGUCGCCGUGUCCAAGGACCCCAACUACCCGAGCGCGUUUGCGCAGGAGUUGUCCCGCUUGACGGGCCAGCGGUACAUGGGGGGAAAGGAGGACGACAUUACUGUUGUCAUGGUCAAGGUG